AUGGAGCCAGGGAGGCUGGAGAAGUUCCCUAGCCCGGGCAGGGGCAGCGGCCUCCGCGCUCUGAAGCGGGCGCGGCCCGGCGAGCUGCUGUACCGGGCCGAACCCUUCGCCUGCACCGUCACCAAGCAGCGACUGGGCGGCGUGUGCGAGCGCUGCCUGCGCAGGAAUGAACGGCUGCUUAGAUGCUCUCAGUGCAAAAUUGCCAGAUACUGUGAUACACGUUGUCAGAAAGAAGCCUGGCAGGAGCACAAGCGAGAAUGCAAGUGUCUUAAGAGUAUUGAGCCUAACUUUCCUCCUGACUCAGUGAGACUUGUUGGCAGGAUUGUUUUUAAACUACUUGGACAAUCAGCAGCAUGUCCUUCUGAGAAACUCUACUCUUUUUCUGAUCUUCAGUCAAAUAUUGAAGAGUUAAGUGAAGAAAUGAAAGAGGGUCUCAGGCACCUGGCACAGACAUUGCAGCUUUAUUUGCGAGUGGAGAUCCAGGAUGCUUUUCAGCUGCUACCUGCAAUAGACAUUUUUCAGAUCUUCGCAAAAGUGACCUGUAACUGUUUCACCAUCAGUAAUGGAGAAAUGCAGGAUGUUGGUGUUGGCCUGUAUCCCAGCAUGUCUCUCGUGAACCACAGCUGUGACCCAAACUGUGUGAUUGUUUUUGAGGGACGCCAGCUUCUACUUCGGUCAGUCCGGGAGAUCCAGAUUGGUGAAGAGCUCUCUAUCAGCUAUAUUGAAUCACUGAUGCCCAGCAGUGAGCGUCAAAAACAUCUGAAGCGCCAGUAUUGCUUUGAAUGCAACUGUCUUCUAUGCAAGACACAAGAAAAGGAUGUUGACAUGCUGGCAGGUGAAGAGCAAGCCUGGAAAGAAAUCAAAGAUGCUGUAGCUAAAGUGGGAGACCCAAGGUCACAAGAAGAGUGGGAGCAGGUUCUGGCAAUGUGCCAGGCUCUUCUAAAUAACAAUGCAGAUCGUCUUCCAGACACAAACAUCUAUCUGCUGAAAAUGCUUGACUGCGCCAUGGAUGCCUGUAUUAAUCUCAGACGUUGGGAGGAAGCCUUGCUUUACGGCAACAGGACUCUAAAACCAUACAGACUGUAUUAUUCCAGCUUUCAUCCCUUGAGGGCUGUCCAGAUGAUGAGAGUGGGCAAAUUGCAGCAUACUCAAGACAUGUUUCCUCAAGCACUGGAGACCUUGAAGCAGGCUUAUAACAUUAUGAAAGUAACCCAUGGAGCAGAUCACAGCCUGGUGCAAGACCUGAUGAAACUUAAGGAACAGUGUGAGGCUGACAUGCGAGCACAGUGA